AUGUCCUUUCAGCCGCUACCAAACGUCCUCGGAUCGGCCAUCGCCUGGCGGUUGCUCCUGGCGACGGCUCUGCUCUGUGGAUUACCUCGACCGGUCGCCGGCUACUUCGAUCUCUUCCUCAACCAUUCCGAGAUGAUCAAACUGAUGGGAAUCGAAGCGGACCUGUUUUACGUGCGCGACGGUGCCCUCAACGAUUACGCCAUGAGCUUCGUAGUGCCGAUGAAGCCUGGCAUCGAGUUCUUACGGUUUUCCUGGCAAAGCCGAACGGCCUACCCGCUUCCCUACACGAUAUCGGUGCACUACGACGGGAACGAUGGUGCCCUGCAGCAUCCCGAGCUCGACAUCCCGACGAGCGGCAUCAUUCCGCGGACGGUCGAAAGCUUCACCGUGCAUCUGGUGUGCUGGGGUAACGUCACGAAGGAGGUCGCAGUUGGUAUUCACCUGCACGUCGAGGGACCCCCGAAGCACAACGACACGAAGCUGAUCAUUAAGCGGAACAAAAUUUGCAUCAAAGGUAUGCAUCCGGCCCGGAAUCGUCUGCCAGCCGCGGAAAUAGCACCCCAGCAAGGACCGGCCCUACUGGGGGCGGCCGCGUGUGCCCUCGGACUCGUGCUGGUCGUGGGGCUUAUCGCGAGCGCCAUGUACGUGCGCGCCCGAAAACAGAUUCGGCAGGACUCGCUGCAUACCAGCUUCACUACGGCGGCAUACGGCAGCCAUCAGAACGUAUUCAUCCGGCUCGAUCCCCUGGGACGUCCGCCGAGUGCUAACAGCGGUUCCUACGCGACGAUUGCGAGCCUCAACAAAUACCCGAUCAGCGAGUCGAAAAAGUCGUGGUUUCGCAGCACCCCUUCACCAUCGCCGUACGCGACAGCCCUUCUGCCCUUAGGGCAACAGCAAACCGGGACGACGACGGGGACGGAAUCGGUCUACGCCAAACCGGAAUCGGUCUGCCCAUCCCGGGUGUCCUACUACGCUUCGUCCCAGCUCACACAGGUGUACAGCCUUUCCACGCCAGCACGGAGCAUCCACAGCAACGGGUCGAACCCGAAGGACAAGCUGCGCCGGAUCGCAGUCUCACCGGGUACCAUCAUCUGCCAGCAGCUCGUCCAGGAGGGCACGUACGGGCGGAUCUACAGUGGUAUCCUGCACCAUCCGCUUGGUGAAACACGCGACGUGCUGAUCAAAACCGUCGUCGACGGUGCCUCGCUGAGCCAGGUGGCUUAUCUGCUGUCGGAGGGAUCCACCCUGUGCGGGAUUUCCCACCCAAACAUCCUGUUCCCGGUGGCGGCGGUGACGGAACUAUCGGGGCCACCGAAAGUCGCCUACCCACUGGCGGCCAAAGGCAACCUCAAACUAUACCUGCAGAGCUGCCGGGAGAUCGGAAUUCAAAAUUCGCAGCUCAGCACCCGCCAGCUGGUGGAGUUCGGUCUGCAAGUGGCCCGUGGCAUCUCGCACCUACACUCGCUCGGUGUGCUGCACAAGGACAUCGCCACCCGGAACUGUGUCCUGGACGUGGAGCUGAACGUUCGUGUUUGUGAUAACGCACUGUCGCGUGACGUCUUCCCGAGCGACUACAACUGCCUCGGGGACAACGAGAACCGGCCUGUCAAGUGGAUGGCGCUGGAAACGCUCGAGAAGAAGUUCUUCACCGCGUCCAGCGACAUCUGGAGCCUCGGUGUGCUGCUCUGGGAGCUGGCCACGCUGGCCGCGAUGCCGUUCGAGGAGGUGGAUUGCUUCGAACUGUCGGCAUACCUGCGGGAUGGCUAUCGGUUAGCGCAGCCGGUCAACUGCCCGGAUGAAUUCUACACCGUGAUGUCCUGUUGCUGGCUGGCGGACUACAAGCAGCGGCCAUCGUUCCCCCAGCUAAUUGCCUAUUUGCACGAUUUUCAUGACGACCUGGGCAAGUACAUCUAGGGUGCGGCAGGUGGCACCCCACGUUGAGGACGUUUCAACCGGCCCCGGGUCCAAUCCUACGGUGGCGUCGAAGAGGGUGAACGAGACUCGCAAACACGCACGCUGACAAAAAAAAGGAAAGGAAGGAAGGUACUAGAAACCGACGGACCCUAGUGCCCCGGAACUGUAGUGUUCGCCAAUUUCCAACCAACCCGAUGCAUGCGACAGUUAUUGGCAACCGGUGCGCUUCGGUGCGCUUUUUGCCUCGCUUCUGUCGUACCAAACUGAACCAAAAAAAAACAAAUGGAAUCUCCGAAACGUGACUAAAUCGUGGCCAUGAUCGAAAACGCAACACGUCGGCAUCGGUAACCCAACGAACCUCGGGAUCUAUGCGGGACAAAUUGAUGCAAUAUCGGAAAGUCUUGCCACAGACCGGGGCUGGUGAACGAAAGCGAAACAAAAACCCCCAAAAAAUGAACCUGGGAACGAAAACUAUCCCCAAAAAGUGCGCAUCGGUGCAGAUGCUCACCAUUGGUGGGAAUGCAAAAUAUGCGCUUGAAAAUUGGUGGCAAUGAAAGGAGAGCGAUGGAAAACAACAGCACAAACUAGUACGAAUGUUCCCGAGUGAAAAACCACGGCUAAAGGGGCUCCCAAUUCUCUCAAAAUGCGGAGAGGAAAAAAUAAACGUCCAGGGAAAUCUCACUCACGCGCGAAUGUUUGAGUAGCUGCGUUCGGUGCGUGUGUAUUUAGUGUACUCGACAAACGAGAAGUAAACGUAAAGUAAAAAGAAAACAAUUUGAAAACAAACAAAAAAACAUCUCAGUCGUUAUACAUGUCGUUACAAUUAAGCAACAUUUGCGGAGAUAUUGGGUGCAGUUGAAGCGUGCGAAAAGAAAAUAGGGUAAAAAUAAACAAAAAGGAAAAACAAUUGAAAAAAUCAUCAAACGUGAGAGAGUGAUCAAAACCACACCACAUCGUAAUAGGUGGUAGAUAAAAAAACAUAGCAAAACGAACAAACGAAGUGGGUGCGAUCAAUCAAAACAAGUAGAGUAGAGAUACGGAAAGAAAAAACAAAA